AUGAUCUCUACUGCAGCAGGCAAGCUAGACUGGUACAGAGCCAAGGCCGCUUGGGACUCCUCUUCUCGCCUGAAGACCCCUCUGUGCAACGCGAUGAUGCAUGCCGCCUUUCGGUGUGGUCGGUAUGCAGAUGGGCAGCGCAUUUUCUGGGACAUGUGUGAGAAGCGCCUGCCUAAGAACUCGAUCACAUAUAACUGUGCCCUAAAGCUGUUCUCCAUGCUUGGGCAGUAUGAAGAUGCCUACGCCCUCUUCGAAGAAGCUCGUGACGACAUAGCGGUUUCGGGUGACCCUCGGUUUCUGUACCUCCUGUUGAGUGAGAUGAUCAACUCAAUGGCGGAGGCCGGCAAUGUAACCGGAGUUGGUGAGUUCCUGCAGCUCAUGACCGACAACGGCUUCCAAAUUGGUGAGGUGACCUUGGGCUCGGCUCUGAAAGCUUGCAUGCUCGCUGGAGCCCCGGCUGUAGCUGAUUUCUUCAUGGAACAGAUGGCCCAGUCAAACAUAUCAGCCACGGUUAUCCAUUACAGGCUGGUUAUGGGUGCCUAUGCAGGGCGCAAGGUGGAGCGCAUCCUCGCAUUGGCAGAGGAAGCACAGCGACACGGCUGUGACAAGGACACGUAUUUCUUAGAGGUGCAGGUUGCUGCUUUGCUCGGUUUCUGCGCCCGCGAGAAGCGGGUACAGAGUGAAACUGCAGCCCGAACUGUGGUCCGGUCAGCAUGGUGA